CAUUUUACUUUUUAAAUAAAUCAAGCCCAGCUGGCUACUGUAAAGUAACAAGAGUUCAAGAACCCUGUUAUCUUCUCCCCAUAUAUUUAAUGAAGGCCAACCAUUGAAAUUCAUUUUGAAGAAAACAGUUCUGAAACAAAGUCUUACCCCACCCCACAGCUGCCUCUGAACACAGUGACUGCCAGAUCUCCAAACAUCAAGAUCAGCUUUGUUCGCCAACCUGUCUGACAUGUCGGGACCCGUGCCAAGCAGGGCCAGAGUUUACACAGAUGUUAAUACGCACAGACCCCGAGAGUACUGGGAUUACGAGUCACAUGUGGUGGAAUGGGGAAAUCAAGAUGACUACCAGCUGGUUCGAAAAUUAGGCCGGGGUAAAUAUAGUGAAGUAUUUGAAGCCAUCAACAUCACAAAUAAUGAAAAAGUUGUUGUUAAAAUUCUCAAGAGAUUAUCUUCAUUUGACAGAUCAGAAAACUAAAGCAAGAGAAGUGAUUGGCUCCAGUCAUACAGCUAUAUUGUGGCAGAGGAAGGGCCUAAAGCCAGUAAAGAAGAAGAAAAUUAAGCGUGAAAUAAAGAUUUUGGAGAAUUUGCGAGGCGGUCCCAACAUCAUCACACUGGCAGACAUUGUAAAAGACCCUGUGUCACGAACUCCUGCCUUGGUUUUUGAACAUGUAAACAACACAGACUUCAAGCAAUUAUACCAGACGUUAACAGACUAUGAUAUUCGGUUUUACAUGUAUGAGAUUCUGAAGGCCCUGGAUUAUUGUCAUAGCAUGGGAAUUAUGCACAGAGAUGUGAAGCCCCAUAAUGUCAUGAUUGAUCAUGAGCACAGAAAGCUACGGCUAAUAGACUGGGGUUUAGCUGAGUUUUACCAUCCUGGCCAAGAAUAUAAUGUCCGAGUUGCUUCUCGAUACUUCAAAGGUCCUGAGCUACUUGUAGACUAUCAGAUGUACGAUUAUAGUUUGGAUAUGUGGAGUUUGGGCUGUAUGCUGGCAAGUAUGAUUUUUCGGAAGGAGCCAUUUUUUCAUGGACAUGACAAUUAUGAUCAGUUGGUGAGGAUAGCCAAGGUUCUGGGGACAGAAGAUUUAUAUGACUAUAUUGACAAAUACAACAUUGAAUUAGAUCCACGUUUCAAUGAUAUCUUGGGCAGACACUCCCGUAAGCGAUGGGAACGCUUUGUCCACAGUGAAAACCAGCACCUUGUCAGCCCUGAGGCCUUGGAUUUCCUGGACAAGCUCCUGCGAUAUGACCACCAGUCACGGCUCACUGCAAGAGAAGCCAUGGAACACCCCUAUUUCUACACUGUUGUGAAGGACCAGGCUCGAAUGGGCUCAUCUAGCAUGCCAGGGGGCAGUACGCCUGUCAGCAGCGCCAAUAUGAUGACAGGGAUUUCUUCAGUGCCAACCCCUUCACCCCUCGGACCUCUGGCAGGCUCACCAGUGAUUGCUGCUGCCAACCCCCUCGGGAUGCCUGUUCCGGCUGCCGCUGGCGCUCAGCAAUAAAGGCCCCUUCUGUCUCCUGAGGCCUGAGCAGAGGUGGGGGAGUCCACUCUCUCCUUGAUGCAGCUUGCGCCUGGCGGGGAGGGUGAAAUACUUAAGAAGCACCGUGUCUGAACCGUUGCUUGUGGAUUUAUAGUAGUUCAGUCAUAAAAAAAGAAUUAUAAUAGGCUGAUUUUCUUUUUUUUUUCUUUCUUUCUUUUUUUUUAACUCGAACUUUUCAUAACUCAGGGGAUUCCCUGAAAAAUUACCUGCAAGUGGAAUAUUUCACAGAUAAUUUUUUUUCUCCCCUUCCAAAUUCAGUUCCUCAUCACUAAAAAACAAAGACAAACCAGCCUCAAUUCCUGCUGCUGCAUUUGGGUGGAGAUUUCUUCCCAUGCCAUUGUUCACCCACCAUCCCACACUUUGGGGCAGGGGGCUUGUAUCUCAUGCUCUUUUCCAGAGAUUACAAAAAUGUAGCUUCUUCAAGGGAGGUGGGAAGGAAGGAGGGAGGACCCAACCUAUAAAAGCAGUGUACUGCUCGUCAUUUACAUCACUUUAUUCCCAAAGUGCUUCAGUGGGGUUAUCCUGGUGAAUCUAGUGGAAAUAUGUCUUAAUUAUAGUUACAUUGAGAUGCUGAAAAAUCUACCCAAAGUGCUGACAGGUCCUGAAAAUUUCUGUUCAGUCUGAAUCAUGUCUUAUUGACCUGACCCUAAAUCCAACUCACUUAUAAGUUUAGUUUAAAACUUCAAUAACCUUCCCUCCCAGGCUCUUUACCUUGGUCCUCUCCCCUCUCGUCUCCCAGCAUACUCUGUAGUUGGAAGGAGACUUGGCCAUUUUGAAUUCAUUUAGCUACUGGGUAUAAUUUAUUGCUUUUUACAAAAGAAAAAAAACAUUGUCUAUAUAGGUUUUAUGUUAAGAACGCUUUAAGAGCUAAUGGGAGAUGUGGCCACACUUUCAUUUUAAGCUUUCCACCUUCUUUCCCGAUUUUCCCCUUUCUUCACAUGCCAUUCAGUGAGAAGGCCUGCCCCUCAGUCUUGUAAAUGUAUCUGAGAGGUAGGAGCAGAACCACUGUCUCCAGUGAAACUGAAAUGGUAGACCUGUAAUUGUGGGAAAACUAUAAACUCUUGUUACGGCCCUGCCACCCUUUGCUGUGUGUAUAUAUAUAAUACUUUGUCCUUCAUAUGUGAAAGAUCCAGUGUUGGAAUUCUUUGGUGUAAAUAAACGUUUGGUUUUAUUUAUCAAGGUUAGAUUUAAGUUCCCUGUGUAAAGGUCUCGCUGGGUGGGUGUCUCACGUUCACAUCUGAGGGGCCUGCAGCCCUGUACCGUGGAGGCUUCCUAAGGCCACCAUUUUUAUACACCCCUCAUUUGACCCAUGGUACCGGGCAGGGCAGAGAGGCCUUAAAAAAGCACCACAAGCCAAAGCGUCUCUGGGGAUUAAGGAUCCUUUGCCAUAAAAUUCACUUUGUGUCUCAGCAGUGCAGGGAUUGGGGAUGGAAAAGUCGCCAGUUUUGUGUGUUUGUGUGUAUGUAAAGUGGAUUUUCCACUGUAAUCCAACCACCUAAGUUUAUCAGGUGCUUCACUGAGGAAGCCUAGUUUUUUAAGCACAAUAGCAAAACCAUCAGCUCUGUAUCUUCUGUUAAUUUAAUUACAGUAGCUGCUUGUGGGGACUAGGAAAAAUUCUUCCAACAUGUUUUAAGGCCUAAAAUCUUAGUUCCCCAUUCUCCUACCUUUAUAGAUUCAUAAGCCUUUCUCAUCUGGGCGUCAUAGAUAAAUGUAAUUAUUUGAGGAGUUGAAUCUAAUGAACUUAUCUAACUUUGUAAUUGGCUCUAGUAACUUACUUUAUCAAGGUGAUGGCUUUAGUGAGUAUAAUGAUGAACUUCAGAGAAAGCUAAAGCCUCCUUUUGUAAUGCUUCUCAACCACAGGGAGAACACUCUGUGUGGCAGGUGGAUUUCUUUCUUGUGGCCACUUACAGUGGAUAUUUAUUGUUCUUGACCCUUUUAUGCCCUAGAAUGCUGUGUGGGUUACCAUGUUGAAUUUGUGCAGAAGCUAAAAGCACCGGAUGUGCCAGAGAUGCAAUUUGUGAUUACGUUUGCACUGGAUUGUGAUUUGAACAGGACACUAUGACUAAUAAAUUCUUUCUUUUUAGGUGGGGAGGAGGGUUGUUGUAAAUCAAGACUUCACAUCCUACCCUUGUAGCUCAGAGAAUCUAGGUGUAGCAGAGGCUGAUGUGAGGAGCUGCAGACAGCUGAACCUCCUAACACGCAUCAGACCUUGCAAGAAACUGAAGGUAAAUGGAGAGGACUCUGAAAUGCCACCCAAGAGCCUUUUAAAAGAAACAAACUUUUUAAAAUGCUAAUUAAGGAGUCACUGCAAAAGCAUGAAAAAAAGACCCAAUUGGGUGGGUGGGGGGGCAAGGGUUUACAGAGUAACAACUUCUUUGUUGUAAAUUACCUCAUCUGUAUACACCUUGUAUUGGGACACUUUAUUUCUCAGCACUACCUGUGUCUGCAUUGAUCAGAUUGCAGGAGAUGGAAUGCCAAUAUAAGAGAGUUGUGUUGGCAAUUACUCUAAAAGGUUUUUUAGUAUUUUUUAACUUUGUUUGAAGUGGGCUUCCCCCUCUCCCCCCCCUUUUUUUUUUAAAGUUUUAAGUCAGAAGUUCCCCCUCUCCUCCUUGAUUUAUUGGUUGUAAUUGUAUUGUAAUUGGUAUAACUAAAACAUAACUGUGCUGGGAAGAAGUUGUGCCAUGAAGGUCUUUAAUUUUUUUUUUAAUAAAAACAUUUAAACAAAUGAAAUGUC